CCCGUCUGCACCAUGGGCAAAGGCACGGACAAACUCUACAUCACCCACUCGGAAUGGGCUUCUGAGGACGCAUAUUCGGCCAGCUAUGGAUCUGGUGUCAACAAAUCCAAAGCGGUCGGCGCGUCAUUUAGGCGACUGCCCUUCAACUUCUGCGCUCUCUCGCUCCAACCCUUCAGCCACCCGGUCUGCACUGCUACCGGUACCAUCUUUGACCUGACCAACAUCCUCCCUUGGCUGAAGAAGCAUGGCACCAACCCCGUGGACGGCUCGCCACUCAAGAGCUCGGAACUCGUCAAACUGAACUUUGCGAAGAACGACGACGACGAAUAUGUCGACCCGGUCACCUACAAGGUCUUCACUGAGAACACCCACAUCGUCGCACUGCGGAACAGCGGCAAUGUAUUCGCGUGGGAUACGGUCGAGCGACUGAACAUCAAGGCGAAGAACUGGCGCGAUCUGGUCAGCGACGACGAAUUCACGCGCAAGGACAUCAUCACGUUGCAGGAUCCGUUAAACUUGGCGGGGCGGGAUUUGAGCGAGUUUAAGUAUCUGAAAGAAGGGACCAAAACUUUGACCGAGGAACAAGAGGCUGAGAGAGCUGGUGGUGUCAACACUGAAGCUUUGGGCAGUUCGGCCAAGGUGCUUAAGGCUAAGGAGGCCGUGGCGAAGGCUAGGGCCGAGAGGGAAAAGGCCGCCAAAGCCAAAUCUUCUGGUGGUGUUGCUGCUGCGCUUGCAUUGGCAAGGAAAGAACAGGGUGCUAACUCAAACGCGCAACAAAACAAGUCAGCACCGUACAAUGCAGCACAACACACCACCGGCAAGGCGGCAGCGUCUUUCACCAGUACCGGCCUUACUCCGCAUACGUCUGGCGAGCGAGCGCUCUUGUCUGAAGAGGAGUACAUGCUGAAGCCUCGCCGCGUCAAAAUCCCAGGCUAUGCUCGCAUCCAAACAAGCCUCGGAGAACUCAACGUCGAAUUACACACCGAAUAUGCGCCCAAGGCGGUAUGGAACUUCGUUCAACUGGCCAAGAAAGGGUACUACCGCAACAUAACGUUUCAUCGUAACAUACGCAACUUCAUGAUCCAGGGUGGUGAUCCCACGGGCACCGGUCGUGGUGGCACGUCAAUAUGGGGGAAGAAUUUCGCCGAUGAGUUCGACGGCCCGAACACGCAUGACACUCGUGGUAUCCUAAGUAUGGCGAACAAGGGGAAAAACACCAACUCUUCCCAGUUCUUUAUCACAUACCGUCCGGCCAAGCACCUUGAUCGUAAGCACACGAUCUUCGGGCGCGUCGUCGGUGGUACGGACACUUUAUCUAGGCUGGAAAACGCAGAGACGGAUUCUUCAGAUCGUCCACUCGAACCACUUAUGCUGGAAGAUGUUGUUGUAUUUGUUGAUCCUUUUGAAGAGUUCCAGAAGCAGAAGGCUGAAAAAGACGCCAAAGAACGGGAGGAUGAAGAGGUUCAGAAGGCGGGUGGUACGGUGGAUGAUAAGACGACGUGGACGGGCAAAAGGAUUCGUGGUGAUGGAUCGGUAGAACAGGCAAGUAGUUCUGGGGGUGUUGGAAAAUAUCUCAAAGCGGCCAUGGCAGAGCAACAAGCGGACGAAGAUGAGAUUGUGGGGGAGUGGGAUGCGCCGGAGGAACCGGUGAAAAAGAAGGCUCGGACGGGCGGGUUUGGGAAUUUUGACAACUGGUAGUAGGCAUCGCAAGGACCAUGGCGUUAGGCGCAGAGAAUGGCAAGAGGGGCCUUCGUUCUGUAUCUACACAUAAGCAAUCGUGCAUAGCAUGGUGAUGAUAUGCAGAGAAGUUCACUUGGACA